CUGAUCAAACACCUCCCGUAUUUUCAGCUCUAGUCUUUCUCUCUCUGACAAUCAUGGUACAGUCAAAGAAGUUCAGAGGCGUCAGGCAACGCCACUGGGGCUCUUGGGUUUCUGAGAUUCGCCACCCUCUACUGAAGAGAAGGGUGUGGCUAGGGACUUUCGAGACAGCGGAGGAGGCAGCUAGAGCCUACGAUGAGGCGGCGAUACUGAUGAGUGGCCGGAAUGCAAAAACAAACUUCCCGGCGACCGGGGUUCAGGCCGGUGUCGAAAGCUCCACCCCAUCAUCAUCCAAGACUGCUCUUUCAAACAUCCUCAGUGCAAAGCUCCGCAAGUGUUGUAAAAAUCCAUCACCAUCUCUCACCUGCCUAAGGCUGGACACACAGAGCUCCCACAUCGGAGUAUGGCAGAAGCGAGCAGGGGAAAGCUCCGACUCGAACUGGGUGAUGACGGUGGAGCUGGGGAAGAAGAUCAACGAACAAGUAGUAGUACUGCCUGCGGAGGAGCUGAAGGAAGAAGCGCCGGUGGAAGCGCAAGCAGCAGCGUCGUCUUCGUCGUCGUCAGGGCGGGAAGUGGUUGUGAAAAAUGGGAUGGAUGAAGAAGAAAAGAUGGCACUGCAAAUGAUUGAGGAACUUCUAAAUGGGAAUUAAUGAUAGAGCUCUAGAAUAUUCACACAUGGUGAUCGAUUCUCACCCUGGACUAGGGAGAUUCCAUGUGCUGUCCUUUUCACUGCGCGCAUCGAGUCAAAUUUUACAAAGUAGUGCAACGCUGUACUACUUGAGGGUUGUAAAUGUUACCCUCAAAUAUACAUUUCAUUUAUUACAAAAUUACAAGCCUCCUUCUAUAUAUACAUAUAUAAAUUCAGUCGGUUGUCUCUUAUGUUCUAUGUUAAAAAAGAUAUAUUAAUAAAAUUUCAAGAGG